UUGGGAUUAUCCGCUGUCGAGAUGGUCGUCCAGCCGGGACCAGAAAUCAUUCCACCUUUCGCGAGCGUGAAGUCGCGGGCGUCCCUGUUCGAUUCGAUCACUCUGGCGACCUUUGACGUCCCAGCCAUUCUCCCCGCGGUAUACACUACCAUGGCAUCCCGCCACAAUAACCAUGUCGAGCCGCCGGUGCUUCAAGUCAAGGAUAUCACCAACACCGCCACUAGUAUAGCUUCGCCAGAAGAACGAGGUGUCCACCCUUGGCAGCGUCUCCCAUCUUCCGAGUCCGGCCCCGACGAUGCCAAGGUCCCCAAGUCACAGGUUGAGAAGGGCAAAGGCAGAGCCAGGGUGUUGAAGAUCAAGGCCAGCAGUUCCGCCGCCCCCGAAGCCGAGCAGUCAUUCCGGACUACUGCGGGUCAGUCCCUCUCUCCGGCUGGUCCAUCAGCUCGCCAUGUGUCGACACCAGAUGUGUCAAUAUUCUAA